UCCGAUGUGUUCAUCCAUGGUGAUGGCACUGCGCGUAUUGCUGGCUUUGGUUUUUCCUUGAUGUAUUCAGAGGUCAUAAGUGCCUCUAAGGUUUUCUGGACUUCCACACUCCAAGAAAACAUACGAUGGAUGGCUCCUGAGCUAUUAGUAGGGUGGGAUAAUAGAUCUUCAGCUCGUCCGAGCGAGCAGAGCGACAUCUAUUCGUUCGGCGGUAUCAUGUUGCUGGUCUCCACCAACAAAGUUCCUUAUUAUUAUCACAGAGCUGAGGUCACUAUCAUCCGAUGCAUAGCUAGGUCGGAAACGUCCUCCAGAGCCCGUUAUCCUGAGCUCCCAGAAAAAUACUGGGCGUUUAUGGAGCGAUGUUGGUCUACUAAUCCUCGGGAUCGUCCAUCGACAGAGGAAGUUGAUAUAACGAUCAGGAACGAAUUUGACUCACUGUCGAGAUCUGAAAUGAAUCCUGUUGCUUAUGGCGACAAUCUCCCCCCUCAAGCAGCACUCCGAGACCUCUCAAAGUAUAUCUCCAAAGCUGAAGACCACCCUGUUGCUCGUGGCGGGUUCGCAGAUAUUUGGAAAUGCACCUACGUUGAUCGCAUACUAGCCCAAGUCGCAGUGAAAGUAUUGCAGGUAUGCGCUGAUGAUCAAUUUGGGCCAGCAAAAAUGAAAAAGACCAAGAGGAUAAUGCAUGAACUCAGAAUAUCUGCCAACCUCAACCAUGCAAAUAUUGUACCCAUUUAUGGUUAUACGUAUGGCUUCGGCCCAUUUCCAGCGAUAGUCAGUCGUUGGGCAGAAAGGGGUAACCUGUCGGAUUAUUUGAAGCGUGAGGGUGCGGCUCUUACUCUCCUUAGAAAAUUCCGGAUCCUCAGGGAUAUCAUAGCUGGCCUGCAAUAUCUUCAUGCUAAGAGUGUCAUCCAUGGUGACCUCACUGGGCCUAACGUGCUGAUAUAUGCUGACGGCACCGCUUGUGUUGCCGACUUUGGUCUUUCCUUGAUGUAUUCGGAGGUCAUAAGCGCCUCUCAGGCUUCCUGGACUUCCACCUUCAAUGGCAAUGUACGAUGGAUGGCUCCUGAGCUUCUUGAAGAGCGAGAGGACGGAACUCCAGUACGGCCAAGCAAGCAGAGUGACGUCUUUUCGUUCGGCGGUAUCAUGUUGCAGGUCUUCACCAACCAAAUUCCUUAUUAUUACCUCCGGUAUAAUCACAUGAUCGUCCUGCACAUAGCUAAGUCGGAAACGCCCUCCCGAACUCGUUAUCCCGAGCUCCCUGAAAAGUAUUGGCCAUUUAUCGAGCAAUGUUGGUCUACUGAUCCUCGGGACCGUCCAUCGACGGAUGAAGCUGAUGUGACGAUCAGGAAUGAAUUUGAUUCGCUGUCCAGAACUAGUUGAUUCUUGCACU